UUUCUGCCUCCCGGCCCCUGGGUGUCCCUUCAGGUCUUGGGUUCUGAGCUGUGUGAGAAGAAGGGAGAGGGAGGUCUCUGAUCUGACACUAUGGAGGAAGGGAAGGGCGACACCUUCGAGGGUGUCAGCACCGACCGCCUUAAAUUGGAGUUACUGGAGGAAAUCCACAGAAAGGAUAUAGUGCAACUCUCAAUACUUGAAAUAAGAGAGAAGAUAGCAGAACUGGAAGCCAAACUCAAUACUGACGAUGAAGGUGGUGAGUGGAAGACCCGUUAUGAGACACAACUUGAACUGAAUGAUCAGCUAGAAAAACAAAUUGUUUCUCUCAAAGAGAAAAUGGAAAAAAUCCAUGGAAACCCUGCAGAUAGACUAUCUUCUAUUCGUGUGUAUGAACGAAUGCCAGUGGAAUCCUUAAACACAUUACUUAAACAGCUAGAAAAAGAAAAGAGGAGUCUUGAAAAUCAAGUGAAAAACUAUGCACUGAGACUGGAACAAGAGUCAAAGGCGUACCACAAGACCAACAAUGAACGCCGUAUAUACCUAGCUGAGAUGUCUCAGGUCUCUGGCUCAUACCAAAUGUCUAAAAGACAACAGAAGGAUCAACUGCCUAGAAUGAAGCAGAAUCUCGUGAAAACUUCCCAAAUCACUGAACAAUGCUAUCCCUUAAAGGCAAAAAUAGACCUCUUAUUAGUUGGAGACGUCACUGUUCAGUACCUGGCUGACACUGCACAGAAAUUCUUUUCGAAUACAGCAGAAGUCACCAUCACCAUCAGUGAUGUGAAGAAGGCAGCUGUGCUUCUGAAUGACUGCACCUUCAACAUGCUUUUCCUGAAGAUGACUUCUUUACCGACGGCCGAGGAACUGGAAACUGUCCGACUAAUUAGACUUGGCAAGAAGAAAAAUACACAUUUGCUGUUUGUUUUUAUAAUCCCUGAAAAUUUUAAAGGUUGUAUUUCAGGGCACGGAGCUGAUAUUACUUUAACUGAACCACUGACAAUGGAAAAAAUGAGUAUUGUGGUAAAAUACUGGAAAACAUAUUUCUCAAAUACUGUGAAGAAUGAAAAUUCUGUGAAGCCGGAAGAACUUGGAUUGUCCCUGCAGAAGUCCUGCAGCGAACACCUGGGAUAUUUUUCUACUGAUCUCUUUGCUUGCUCUGAAUCUCUAAGAAAUGACUUUGGGCUUGAACUAAAGGCUCCAUUGUCAGAUUUUGAGAAAAGCAAAAAGAUUUCUCUUCUUCAUUCAAGCAAGGAAAAGCUGAGAAGAGAACGAAUCAAGUAUUGCUGUGAGCAGCUGCGGACUCUGCUGCCAUAUAUAAAGGGGAGAAAAAAUGAUGCCGCUUCGAUUCUUGAGGCAACAGUUGAUUAUGUGAGGUAUAUCCGGGAGAAAAUCCCUCCAGACGUUAUGGGCCAGAUUACAGAAGCACUUCAGAGUGAUAGGCGGUUUUGUAAGAAACAAAUGCCCAUCCAGCUAUCCCUCCCAGGCACGGUCAUGGCACAAAGGGAAAGCAGUGUGUUGGCAAGCACUUGCUCACCUGUGAGAGGGAUAAGAUUCCUGGCUAAUAAGUGCCUGAAUGUGUACUCUCUUCCUGCCUCAGGCAGCUCCUUGGAUGAAGCUGGGAGAGGUCAUUCCAGCGCCACUUCAGAGAAUGCUAUUGGUGAUGGAUAUAAAACUCGAAUUCCCAGCACAGCUCUCUCUCUUAAUGCCUUCCAUGCUGUCAGAUACUAUUCUAAAGUCAUCCCUUCCUGUGAUGCAGCUGCUGUAACAAAUCAGAACCUUUCAGUUCAUUUUCCAUCAGCCAUGCCCAGAGUCUCGAAGUUUCUUCCUCAGCACUGCAAUUCUGUGCUGGGCCAGACCUGCGCAACACAUCCCAACUGUCUGCAACGGUUUUGGGCACAUUAACAGCACGUGUUUGAAAUUCACAGUCUAGACCACCUACUGGGCGCAGUUUGACAAUACAGGAUGAAUGGCACAGAGAAGGACCUUGAAAGCUAUACCCAGAGACGUAAU